AUGCGAGAACAAAUUGUGAUCACGUUAUUCGUGGUAUGGUUAGAGCUUCUUCAAAUUGAACGUUCUUUUACAUUUUUGCGAUAUCACAGUUUACAGCUUGUCACAGAUUUCGUGGAUUGCACCACUGGAAGG